AACCUGUUCCACCAGGAAUUCCGACUUCAACUUCAGAACAAAAAGGAUGUCUAACUAUAUGCAAUAUUUUCAGUUUUUUGUCCCAAAACAAAACAAGGCCUCUACUAAUACCAACAGGAUCAGUAGUCACACAUCUAUCCCUAAAACCCAAAUCAUUUCUGACAGUUUUGACAAAAUCUUUUUGUUUUUUAGAUUCGGAUAAAAAAGAAGCUCGGGCUCUUCACCGGAAAACACCUCCGGUGUGGGAGUUUCGUGCAGGUUCCGCGUUCAACCGGCGAGGAAAGCAAGCUCAAGGCGAAUUCCAGCCGGGCAGGGUGCGAGACUUGUAUUAUUGGCGCCGUCUGUGGGACUCUUGUUCGAAAAGUUGUGUUCUGAGCUCAACUAUGGCGGACGGAGUUCCUCGAGUGAAUUUGCAGUCUUCAUUUGACGAGGCGUGGACGAUGACAAGACCGAUGGGAUCAGGACCUCCACCUGAAUUCUCUGGACCCUCGCAAACACCGGUGACCCCGCCGCCGAUGCCCCAGGGUACAGCGAUCUUGGGAGGAGGAGCAGGCACGAGCAGAGAGCACGAAGCUCAAGAAGCGGUGCCCACGGUAGUCCCCGCUCCGUUGCAAGCGGGCCCGGUCGUGAUGCAGCAAACAGGGCCGACAUGGUUAUCUAACACUGUAAUGGUGUCCAAAGCGGGAGGAAAAUGGAGAAUGUGCAUUGAUUUCCGUGACCUCAAUAAGGCUUGCCCAAAAGAUCUAUACCUGCUACCAAGGAUCGAUCAGCUGGUAGACUCCACGGCGGGAUGCGAAUUGCUGAGCUUGAUGGACGCCUCACAGGGAUAUCAUCAGAUCCCUCUAGCGAAAGAAGAUUGGAAAAGAGUGAGCUUCAUAACAAGCAAAGGCACCUAUUGUUAUGUGGUCAUGCCGUUUGGAUUAAAGAAUGCUGGGGCCACCUAUCAGCGAUUGGUCGACCAGAUUUUCAAGGAUCAGUUGGGGAGGAAUAUGGAGGUGUACGUAGAUGACAUGCUGGUAAAGAGUAAGAUGGAGGCGGACCACGUGGGCGACUUAAGGGAGACUUUCCAAACACUGAGAAAAUAUGGCAUGAAGCUUAACCCGGCUAAGUGCUCAUUUGGCGUGAAGGCAGGGAAGUUCUUGGGAUACAUGGUAACAAAACGGGGGAUAGAGGUGAAUCCCGAAAAAGUAAGAGCUGUGGUCGAGAUGAAGCCACCGGCCAGUGUGAAGGAAGUCCAAAUAUUAACUGGUCGAAUAGCAGGACUGAGCCGAUUCAUUUCCAAGGUGGCCGAAAAGAGCAGUCCUUUGUUCAAAACCCUGAAGAAGAGCUCAAAAUUUCAGUGGACAGAGGAAGCCCAAAAGGCCUUCGAGGAGCUGCAGAGGACGCUGGCUAACUUGCCUUUAUUGGCCAAGCCAAUUCAUGGAGAGGAGCUUGUGCUCUACAUAUCGGUGGGCGAGAGUGUUGUAAGCUCAGUAUUAUUGCGAGAAGAAGGAGUGGCACAAUUCCCAAUAUAUUAUGUCAGUCGAGUAAUGCAAGGAGCAGAGUUGAGGUACUCGGAAAUUGAGAAAUGUGCACUGGCGGUGGUCGUGACAGUCCGAAAGCUGAGGCCAUACUUCCUGAACCACAAAGUCAAGGUGCGCACAAACAUGCCGUUGGAGCAGACUUUAGGUCGACCAGCAGUGUCUGGCCGACUAGUAAAGUGGGCGGUCAAGCUGAGCGAGUACUCUAUAAUAUAUGAACCAAGAAGGGCGAUCAAUGCGCAGGUGUUGGCCGAUUUCAUACAGGAAGGUACGAAGGAGGAGGAAGAUGGCGGAGGAAUGUGGCAGUUGUUCGCGGACGGUUCGGUAUCGAGGAGCGGGGCUGGCUUGGGAAUAGUCUUGAUUUCGCCCAAAAGAGAUUAUUUGGAGUUUGCCGUCAAGAUGGGGUUUCGAGUAUCAAACAACGAGGCAGAAUAUGAAGCGGUGACAAAGGGAUUACAAUUGGCUCUGGCCGGAGGUGCUCGAAAAAUCCAGGUCCAUUCUGACUCCCAGCUA